UUUUUUUUCAUUUUGUACUUUGAAAAAGUUCUUCAUAACUUUUUUUUCAUUUGUUUUCAAAAUUUGAAUUUUACUGUGGUCAAAGUUUAAUAAAAUAAAUAAGCAUAGUGAUUUUAAUUUAAUAAAAAACAAAGCAAAAAUAUUACAUACACAUGAUUAUAAUUAAGCUUUUUUUCAGUUUUUUGAAAUUAUUAAAUAAAAUAGAUCUAAAAUCACAGCAUAAUAAUCAUAACAAUUUGAUAUAAUAAUGCCACAACCACAGAAACAACAGGAUAGCAGGUCUAGUAAGGCUGGUAUAAGACACAGCAGACGCAACAGAAAAAAUGCAAACAGUGCUAGUGCUGCCAGUAACAUUGCUGGCAUCAACAUUAGUGACAACACCAACACCAGCCAUGUUACCAGUAACGACAGCAACAACACCAAUGCUAGCAACAACAUCAUCAGUGACAACACUAACAACGACAACAGCAACAAUGCCAGCAACAACAUUAGUGACAACAACAGCGACAACACUAACAACAAAACCAGCAACAAUAUCAGCAGCAACAUCAUCAGUGGCAACACCAGCAAAGACAGCAGCAACAACGCCAGCAAAAACAUUGGUGACAACACCAGCGACAACACUAGCAACACCAUCAGCAACAACACUAGCAAAAACACAAACACCAGUGACAGUACCAGUAACGGCAACAUGAACAACAGCAAAAAUACCAGCGACAACAUUACCAACAACGACAUCACCAACAAUGACAUCACCAGCAACAACAUCACCAACACUAGCAACAACAUUAAUGACAACACCAGCAACAACACCAGCAACCUCAUUAGUAACAACACUAACAUUAAUGACGACACCAGCACCAACAUUAAUGACAGCACUAACAACAGCAUCAGCAACGACAUCAAUGAAAAACCCAAUGACAACAUCACCAACAACAGUACCAAAAAAAGUAAUGUCGCUGGUGUUGCUGAUGUAGCAGCAACUUCUCCUCCAAUCUAUAGAGACAUUAAUGAGCUGCUAGCUCUAGCUAACAAUUACACAGAUGAUACUGAUUCAAAGAGUCAUUUGUUAUCCCCUGAACAAUUGGACCAGGUUUCUAGCGCCGGAAUAUUCAACGUGGAAAUUUUGCAGGCAGAGCUGCUGGAUGCUGAGACUCAUCGAGAUUUGAACGUCAACAACUUGUCGGAAUACGUCAACGAGGAAAAACAAAUUCUCCAGCAAGUAGUGUUAUGCGAUACACCUACCUCUGAAUCUCCACUCCAUCCAUUAUUUUCACCUCAAAACGGUUUUCCACAAUUUGUUGACACUGGGUUAAUCAGUGGUGCCCGUAGCAAUAGGACUGAAUUAUCUCAUCUCGAGAGAAUACAUCCAAGUCCAAGAAGUGAAAUUGUCUUGGAAAGUGAGGAAGGUCCAUUGGAUCUAAGGUGCAUCAGUAAAGAUAUUUUCCAACUCAGUGUCGAUCCUGAAACUGUCUUCUUGCCAAAAUAUGAGGAAGGUGUAGAAGAAGAAGAGGAGAUAGCAAUUGAGCAAACAGAUGCAAAUAAAAGCAGUGUUUCAGAGUGUCUUAAAAACUUUAAGAUCCGGCAAACAAAGGAACAAGAACUGGAGGAUGAGGAUGAGAAAGUGGAAGUAGGAGCUGAGUCAACAGCUGCGGAAAAGAAGGUCGUUGCUGAACUUACUCUACAUUAGGCUAUUCAAUCCAUCAUCUUAUUUAUUAAUCUAGUAAUUAAUUAGUUUAUUCAUUUAUUUGUUUUUUUCCCAAUCAUCUCGUUAAUAUUUUUAUUUGUCUGUUAGCUACUGAUUGUUUAUUUAUUAAACCGGUUUUAAAAUAAUGUCAGUUCUGUGUUACUUAAUUUUUCGACGCAAAAUUUUCAAAUUUAUUCCAUUAGAUAUAUUGACAAUUAUUGUAAAAGUUGUUUGUUCCUCUGUCUAGUUUACAUUAAAUAUUCAGUUAAACAUUCUACUGUGUUUGUUCUUGAACGAUAUUUUAAAAUA